AACAGCUGUUACACUGUAGCCUAUAUGCUGACAUCUGCAGAUGGAGGGCAGCAACAGGUCUUAGUGUAAUCUGGUGCAAAUUCUACGGGAACAAGAUCACUGAGUGUCGUGCACCUAUCUGGCCUGUGUACACACAGUAUGAGGAAGUUGGCCUGUGGGAGCUUUGUAGAAAAGCCCAUAUCUUAUCAAUUAUAAAGACAAAGAAUGCUAAAGUGUUGUUGGCAGAAAGUGCAGCCACAUUAAAAGUAUGCAACACUGACAUAGUUGGCACAUGGUGAGAGUUUAGCAUCCAAACGUCUGACGUUUCAUGUGAGGGAGAGGAAAACGCUGCCACUCCUCAGCUCCGAGCCGCACACACUCAGGAGUCGUGUGUCCGUGCGUCUCAGCUGGUUUUGGUUGGCAAAGCAUUUGUCCUAUCUGGGAUAAUUCUCUGGUGAUACAGGGAGAAAAAUACAGAAAAACGACAAUGUGCUCGAUCAUAAACAAAGCGAGACCCGUUCACAGGGCUCUGGCUCUCACGCUUCGCCUCAGAACUAACACCGAGGGCUCGAGCUACGCUGCAGCCGAUCGCGGGCACUUCUCUCCCUGCGGAGGUGCUGACGUCGACCCGCUACGAGCUGCCAGCAGACGGUACUGUUCCAGGAUGGCGCUGAGCCAAGGCUUACUCUUCAGACAACUGUUUGAGCCAGAGUCCAGCACCUACACGUACCUGCUGGCAGACACAAGCACCAAGGAGGCUGUCCUCAUUGACCCUGUACUGGAGCCCCUUGACAGGGCCCUGACACUUUUACAUGAACUGGGGUUCAAUCUGAAAGUGGCAGUGAACACCCACUGUCAUGCGGACCACAUCACAAGCACUGGGCUGAUGAAGAAAAGGCUGGCCGGGCUGAAGAGCGCAAUCUCAAAAUUCAGCGGUGCCUCUGCAGAUAUUCACCUGUCAGAGGGAGACAAGAUCACCUUUGGAAAACAAUAUCUGACAGUGGUGGAGACCCCAGGACACACUGAUGGUUGUGUGACGCUGGUGACUGGGGAUCGGAGCAUGGCUUUUACUGGGGACGCUCUGCUCAUCAGAGGCUGUGGCAGGACAGAUUUCCAGCAGGGCAGUGCUAAGAAGCUUUACCAGUCAAUCCAUCAGAAGAUCUUCACCUUGCCCGACCACUGCCUCAUCUACCCAGGACAUGACUACAAAGGUCAAACAGCAUCAACAGUUGCUGAGGAGCGCAAGUUUAACCCUCGCUUGACGAAGAGUUUGGAGGAGUUCGUAGACAUCAUGAACAACCUGAAUCUCCCCAAGCCUAAAAAAAUAGAUGUUUCAGUCCCUGCGAAUCUGGUUUGUGGAGUCACGAAGUCUGAAUGUCCUGAAAAGGGGAGAAUUCUAAUCCAAUCAACGACAUCAUAGCAAAGUGAUUGUUUCCUUUCUGUAAUUAGCGAGAUUACCCAGAAACUACAAACCAUCACCAUCUUAAAACAUCUAUGUGCUCAUUAGAUAUUUUACCUACAAGCUUCUUAAAAUGUGUUUUCAGCUCUUUGGCAGUGGAUUUGUUGUUAUAAAUGAUUCACUCCUAUCAGGGAUCUUUCUGCUCUUAUCUUUGCAUUUAUUUUUCAUCCAUUACCCAAUGACCAGUUGACUUCAUUGUGAUGUUGAGCUGACUGUAUAGAUAGUGAUGUUGCACAUUUUCCAGAAAAAAGUGUGCCCUCCCUCUUCUGGUGUAAACGACUCAGAGGUUUGUUUUGGGAGGACUGAAGUAAAGGGGUACACGUUUAUUGAGAACUUAAAUGUACUACGUAUCUAGUCAUGCAUGUUGCUACUUGUACUGUCAUGCAAUUGUUCUAAUUGACAUUUAAUGUUUUGUCUAAUUUGAAUUCUGUUUUAUCUAUAGAUGCAUUUUUAAUGUUCUAUCUCUCUGUGUGCAUUGUGUUAAGCACUUUGAAUUGCC